UAAUUCUUUGCGACUGUUCAAAACUUCCAGAUUAAAUCUAAUGACCUAGAUGUAUGCAUUGUGACAAGUAAAUGAUUUAACGUUGAUCUUGUUUUAUAGAUAUUUUGUUGACGUGAUGUUAGCAUCUGCUAACUGAAGGUUUCAAACAUGGACGUGCUUUGUAGUCCAAUGGCCUUGGGUGUGGUCACAGGACUCGGCUGUGGGAUCCUUCUGGGUUGGCAACUACGGUCCCGAUUGGGUCAAACCUCCAAAAGCCUGAAAGCGGUUAUGGGAAACGGUUGCGGUGAGGCGAGCGUGAUGGGAGAAGGAGGAGAGUUCAAGAUGAUCCUGGUGGUCCGGAACGAUCUGAAGAUGGGUAAAGGCAAGGUGGCAGCUCAGUGCGCCCACGCUGCGGUGGCAGCCUACAAACAGGUCCAGCGCAGAAACCCAGACCUGCUCAAACAGUGGGAGUACUGCGGCCAGCCCAAGGUGGUGGUCAAGUCUCCUGACGAGGACACCCUCAUUCAUCUUCUGGGUCACGCCAACGAAGUGGGACUCCCUGUGAGUCUGAUCCAGGAUGCAGGGAGGACACAAAUCGCUCCCGGCUCUCGCACAGUGCUCGGUAUCGGCCCAGGCCCGGCUGAUCUUAUUGACAAAGUCACUGGAGACUUGAAACUUUACUGAACUUCUUGCAUAAAACAGUUCUGUCUUUCAUACAAGACGUGUCAUGUCUUGCUGUUGGAAAAAGUUUUUAAUAUGUUUAUGACUUCAAUUACAUGAGUUUAUCCACCUCCACAAACCACAAUCAGAAACUUUGCUCAACUGUUGCAUUUCUGCCAGUUAGUAAACAUCUCUCUAGAUAACA